ACGCGCUUAAUAAAUAAAAACACGGCGCGUAUUCUUAAAUAUUUUUUUAAGCCUAUAUCUUGCGCUAAAGUAUUAAUAAACCCGUUAUUUUAUUUUAAUAAAGUCGAUAUUUUAAUAAAUCGAAAUAGUCUUAAGAAGCUUCUCGACUUUUAUUAA